AUGGAACCGAAGAAGGAUGUCAGUCGUCGACGAAAACGCCAAGUAGACCGUGGAGCUCGUCGAUGGACGAAUAAUCGGCUCUUCUAUUUCUUCGACAACAGCGACGCGCUCACAUUCGUUCGUGAUCGCACCUGUCUCGACUUCACAGAGAGUUCUACGGCUACGAAUCGAGUGAGGGUGUUCAGUGGUGCUGGUUGCUUUGCUACGAUUGGAAUGGCAGGCGGUGAACAAUCGUUGUCACUGGGGAGUGGCUGUGAAUCGGUUGGAAUCGCUGCGCACGAAUUCGCUCAUGCUCUCGGGGUGUGGCACACACAAAUGCGUGAUGAUCGAGACUCAUUCUUACGAGUGGAUUUAUCUUCAGUGCCGCCAAACUUGUUGCACAACUACAUCAAGCUUCCUGCAAGCCGAAUCAUCAACUACACACCAUACGAAUACGGUAGUUACAUGCACUAUGAUUCCAGAUCAAUAAUAUCCUUUUACGACAUCAAGAUGCUCAAUGAUCACUACGGAUGCAAUGCCAGAUGUACUGACAGAGCUACUGUAUGUUUCAACGGGGGAGUACCAAAUCCUCGGAACUGCGCUGUCUGCAAUUGCCCUGCCGGCUACAGUGGAGCGCUGUGCAAUCAACGGCCGCCUGGUUGCGGAGAAAUGCUAACGGCGACCGACCGCUGGCAGGCAAAACGAUUCACAUUCGGUUCGGCCACUGGAGGUGUCCGUGACACGUUCAUCGAAUGCAACCAUUGGAUAACUGCACCUGCUGGAAAACGAGUUCAAAUCCAAGUGACAUCACUGCAAAAUUCACAGUGUCAACGGCUUGUAGAACUGAAUUCCAUAGAGCCGAAGAUUUUGGCGGACAGAGGCAUCACUAAUCCAAGGAUCUGUUGCCCAGAUUCCUUGAAUCAAAUUCUCACGAGCCAGCACAAAACCCACACCCGAUCAUCUCCUAACACUCGACUCUCGCGUCCACGUUUCUUUUUCAAUACAGUUUAUAGAAUGGUAACAAAAUGCUUCCCAUAUAAAUAA